CUUAAACCUGAAUAUCUCGUUCUGAUGAUUGAGUUCAAACCUGAACCAAAGUUCCGAAAUCCGUAUCGGAAUCAAUUUCUGGAGUAAGUAUCUCGGUUGAAUCUUAACACGACUACGAACCCCAACGUCCAACGAGAACCGAUUGUUUGUAUCCUCGUAUCUUUACAAUAAGCGCUCCUCAAAAGCUAUAUCGCUUCAUCCAUUCUUACGCGUCUCACGAUUCCAGCUUUUCUUGUUUAUUGUAUGCAUUGAAGCAUUAGUAAAUUUCACACAUACUUUUCUAUCAUCAAUAAAAGGCAAAACAGACUAUAAUGAGUGUCUCUUUAAACGGGGUCGUUCGAGAUUCGAAAUGCCUCGAAGAUGAAGGUCCUACACGUUCGUCAUCGAUCGAUAAAAGAGACUUGGACGUAGCAGCGAAGGUAGUUGCCGGCCAAGAACUCACCGGUCUUACUCCAGAGGAGGAUGUCAGGAUCCGACGCAAGAUUGAUAGGAAUCUGCUCCCUUUAAUGAUGGUCACGAAUUUUGCGCACUUCAUGGAUAAAACCACUUUGGGAAACGCCGCUCUGCUCGGAUUACAAGAGGAUUUGAAGCUGACUGCGGCUGAGUACAAUUGGCUGGGGACCAUAUUUUAUGUAUCAUACUUGCUGUUUGAAUAUCCUCAGAACCUCGCCCUUCAACGUUACCCACUUGGAAAAUGGCUAGCUUUAAAUGCAAUACUUUGGACAAUUCUAGUCGCCUCUCAAGUCGCUUGCAAGAAUUUUUGGCAACUAAUGUUGUGCCGGUUUCUUUUGGGAGCUUGCGAGGGAUGUGCUACGUCGGCUUUCAUGAUCAGCACCUCAAUGUUCUACACUCAUCGAGAGCAAGGACCAAGGACAGGUUACUGGUACCUAAUGAAUGGUAUUUCGGUGGCUACUAGCAGCUUCCUUGGCUUUGGUGUGCUUCAUAUCCGCACCACACACUUCCAUCCCUGGCAAUGGUUUUGUAUUUUCACGGCAAUGAUCACAAUGGUUGUAUCACUGCUGUUGCUCUUUCUCUUUCCAGACUCCCCUGCGACCGCUUGGUUUCUGACACCGGAAGAAAGGGUGAAAGCUAUCUUACGCAUCAAAGUCAAUCAGACAGGCGUUGAAAACAAGCAUUUGAAGCGACAUCAAGUUAUGGAGGCUUUGAAAGACCCCAAGACCUGGGCAUGGUUUACCUAUUUUCUUAUAGGUAGCAUACCUAACAUCACCAAUCAACAAUCACUCAUAAUAAAAUCUUUAGGGCAUUCGACCCUUUCUACUACACUUUUGAGCUCGGUCAUUGGCUUCGUACAAGCCGGCGCGAUACUCAUCGGGAUGUUGUUAGUGAGAGCGUUCAAAAACUCGCGAGCUAUUGUAGCAGUAAUUAUGUCAAUACCGAACAUUUCCGCCACCAUAAUUUCUAUCGUCCUUCCUUGGAGCUCGAGAGUUGCUCUUCUCAUCGCUAUCUAUCUUACCUGGUUUUCUUCGGUACCAUAUGUCAUUGUACUAGGAUGGAUCACAUCCACUACCGCCGGGCAUACCAGUAAGUUCCAGUUUAACACAAAUUCACAAUGCUUAAUCCGUUAUCAUUUUGUGACUAUCAUUCUCACUCCAGCCCCACAGCUGUGGCAAUCCCAGUACAAGCCUAGAAACAUCGUCCCUUGGUCAUUGAUAUUGGCUUGCUACUCGUUUUGUACCAUCUUUAUCAUCGGAAUGAUGUUUUACUUGAAGAAACAGAAUCGGAUAAGAGAUCAA